GCUGCAGAAGAUCGGUCUCAGCACAUGAAUCGUGCCUCGGCACUUAAUCGAUUGCGAGCUCAACUGGCUCUUAAAGUGAGGAACCACGUAGAUCUUGAUGCUUACGUACCUCCAGAAGAGCUACUUCAGAUACUUCCCGCUAAAUCAUCUAUCAAGGGGCCUCAUUUUGGGCCCAAGAUUGGACCAAAUAAUGCAAAUUUUAUUCCGGGAAUGCAAGCAUUACUUGAUCUAGUUUUUGCUGUUGAGGGUUCUGUAUCUGAAGCAGCUAAGAGGUUGGGGUUAAGCACUGGGGCUUUAUCAAGGCUAAUAUUAUCAGAUGAUUCCCUUAGGAUGGCUGUCAAUGAGUUCAGAGCAUCUAAGGGUAUGAAACCACUCAAGUAGGACGGAUGGCUAUCGAAUAUGUGAUCUCUCUUGGGUAAUAUUAAAUAUUUACUUAGAUAUUGUGUACUUUCUAAAUUGGCAUUGUUUAGAGUGCUCGAGUAUUGAAAUCCCACUCCCCCGGGCUUACAGUUCAUAUAAACUCUUUUAGGGGUGAGAAUUAGAGAAUGACAUGACUGAACUAUGGAACUAUAUGUACUUAAUUGUAAAUUACUACCAUCAAGUAGUACAUAAAUUUAGAGUAUUUCAAAGUACAUAACUACAUAAGUUUACUUAAAAUGUAGUGAUGUAACUUUGGUGUACCAUGGGUACAAUUCCGUGUGAAGCUCAGAUAAUAG